GCUCAAAAUCAUGAUGUAUGAGGCGCUUCCGAAGGAAAAUGCCAAACCCGGAGUCUGUCUGAGGAAAAAUACUUCCAACUUGUCCCCGGAGCGAGUCUGUCUGGUACUCAAGAAUCGGUGCACAUCGUAUCACUGUCAGUACUCCAAAUCCUCCUCCUCCGCAUCCCCAUUAACCUCCACAAUCACCCUCCUUCUCCUAGAGCGGCCACAACCAUCGUAAAACAAGUCACCGAAACUUGUAGAAAGUCAUUUCGUAUGAAGGGGAACCUCCGUGGAGAAGAGCAUCUAAAACUACGUUACUUCUUUUCAAAAAAGAAGUAAUUCGUAUUCGAGACUUUGGACCAUCUUCUAUUUGUGAAACUACAACCUACGCCGAGUGCAUUAGAAAGUAGGAGUUGGUGAUUCAGGCUGGAUAUCAGCCUUUGGACUGUUUAGCUACUACCGCUAAAAAGUGACGACGAGGAGAGAUUCAUUUUUAGGAACACACUCCUAGUCCAGAGUCAGACACUAGAUCUCGAAUCUCAAAAAUCUACCACACGACCACAACUUUACCACACGCAGAACAACAAAAAUGGCCUUCAUUCCGAAAGCUCGCAAAUCUUCUUCCGUGAAGGGAGGAAAUAAGCAUGUUGGAAAGGGACGCAAAGCAGCUACUGCUGCUGCCGCUAUCCUACUCUCCACCCACCUCGUGGAUGGAGCGAUCUUGAAGGGCGAUGCUGAUCGCCGCGUCACUGAACGAGGUACUAAUGUUGUUGUAGCUCCUGUGAUACUCUUAAGAUUAUCUUGUACAGGUUUCCUCUAUGAAUUAUCUUGGAUAUGGUUAUAAUAUAAUGUUAUGAUAACAACGAACGACAUGGACAUUAUGUACGAUCAUGGGAAAAGUUCCCUAGAAGAUUGGGAAAGGUUCCCAAGCAAAAAUCCUAAACCCUAAACCCUAAACCUAAGAAAACCUCUUAACAGAUGCGGAACAAAAGGUGCCGACGCAAACGGCCUUUCUCCAACAGCGUGAAGACUGCUUUUCUUGUAGCGGCGAUAAAGCGGCGGCCGCGCCUGCUUCUGAUCCUGCUCCAGCCCUUAUGAUCAUGUACUUAGAUGUACUUUUUGACAGUUUUUUUAACAGUACUAGAGUGCGUUUGCGUAGGCAGGUGUAAAGUAUUCUUCGGGAAUAUGAGCUCUCUAAUGUGACGAUGGACAUGGACAUGGAGCCAGAGCAGGAACCGCCAGCGCAGAAUGGAGAGGGUGAGGGCGAAGGCAAAAGUGCGAACGAAGACGAUGCGAAAGACGAUGGCGAGGAGCUGGAUGAAAAUGGCGAAAAGAAGGACAAUUAAGGAAAGUGAAAUUUUUUCAACAUGAAGUAUCACAAGUUCAUAUUUGAUACAGCAUAAUUAAGGAAAGUGAAAUAUUUCGUUCAAGUAUCAAGCUCAUACUUGUUUAGAAAUAAGAAGACAAGUCUCUAAGAUUCUCAAACUUACAAGAUUGAUGCUUGAAGUAUCAAGUUCAUACUGUUUGAGAAAGUGUAAAGGUUUGGGUCUUCUUCCGUUUCAAGUCAUUGAUACUUGACCUCGUUUCUUUAUUUCUUUUGUUUUGUAGGAGACCAGCAUAUUAUUGAUUGUGAUGGUGAAAGAUUGUUUGAGUUCUUCUUUUGUAGACCUACAUACAAGUAGUUUUGCUACAGCUCAAGCUCAGUACGAAGUAGGUACGAAGUAGGUAGACUACCCUAGAGCUAGUAGAACUUGUAGGAGAGCUGGAGAAGCUCAAGAUGUACUAGUACACGAGAAGAUGCUAAUAGGAGUUUAAAUGAACGCGGCGAAACCUCUAACAUUCGCGAUCGUGGAUUCAGCGCCAGUGGGAUUCCUGGAUUAUGGUGCGCCCAUUGUUCCGAAACAGAAAAGCUUGUUUCGUCCUGACAUGCACUUGCGCCUUCUCUCGUUUUUCCCGUGCAUUUCAGUCCAUUCACACUGCAUAAUCUUUCUCAGCACUAAACAAGUACAAGAAAUACUAACUUCGCUAUUAGAUGAAGCAGGGUCACCUCCGGCUGAGGGAAAGAAGUUGUAGUAAAAAUAGAUAAAGGUCACCUUGAGCUUUUUUGUCAUCUGAGCUCUAAUCAAGGGGGUAACGAUAAAGAGGGCAAGAAGUCGGGACCUUAAGGCACCACUAAGUACUAGGUAAUACUAUAAUACAUGGUAGGUAGAUGUGCGGUAUAUUCCACUUCGUUGAGCCCUUUUGGUAGGCUGAACAGAUCUUUGUGCGAGAUUCGUUGUAAAAACGUAAAUGUCUGAGUGACUUCCUUGACUCUGUCAUAUUUUUGAGUCAUCUUGUAGAGUUCUCUAAGGCAAAAAUUGUAGAGUUUCUCCUAUCCUAUCCUAGUUUCUCUACUCAUUCUAAGAUGAAGAGGAGGCAGCAGCCAGCUUUCUCCAAACUGUGGCGGAACACAGCUUGUAGCUGGAUGAAGAAAGGACUAGAAGGACAGAAAUGUCUACUAGUAGUACAGAAAGGAGUAGUACAGAAAGGACUAGUAGAGAAAUGUCUACUAGUAGUACAGAAAGGAGUAGUACAGAAAGGACUAGUACAGAAAUGUUUACUAGUAGUACAGAAAGGACUAGUACAGAAAUGGCUAGUCGUGAAGAGACGCUUAUUGGAAUAACGACUAGUAGUACAAACCGUGGAGAAGUGUUUCUAAAUAGCGGAGGUUAGGUCUGUCGUACCUGAAUAGAGGAGAUUAGGUUCUUUGGUGUCGUAUCUGAAUUAUAGGGGUCGAUACAAAACAAAAAAAGUUCUUACAGCUACUCGAAAACUAGGGGAAGACAUAGUUGUGGCCGCAAAUAUCAGGAUUGAAUGAAAAGGUCCAUUACGCCGCUUGACAGGGUAGUAAGGGCAACAAGGAAGAACAAAGAGCUAAUAAGAGCAACGAAGGGAGAACAAAGAGCACUGAAAAACUGGUCUUAGGUAGAUAGUGAUGCGUUAUUGUACCCCCUGCUGGGUGCAGCAUCGUCAUUAUCUAUCACUGUAUCUGUUGUUCUAGAGAAGUCAGCUCUUUUUUUGUCUAAGGUCUACCUGGCUAUCACUGUGUAUGCCCACGCUGCUGGAGGAACUUGUAAAGUUUUUCUAAGAAUCUGAAUGCACACAUUUGAAAUGUGAAUCCGCAAAUCGAAAUGUACACAAACUACUCAAAUCUCUAAUUUUGAUUAUCACGUUACACAUCAUGCAGUAUUUUGUACAAAUCAUGUAGUACUAUCAUGUGCAACUCAUGCAGACGUAUGUCAGUUCUUACCAUCGAAUGAACAGAUUCGCUUCCGCAUAUCAAAAUUGUAAUUUUUGAUGUAAGAUUAAAUUUGAAAAAUAGCUAAAUGAUUCAUACACUGGUAAAAAUAUCUAUCAGAAAAUCUCUCUCUGCCUGUAACGCGCAGCUUGUUCUUGUAAGUAAGUAGAUUGUUGAAAAUGUGCCAACUUUUGGUUUUUGUGAGGACAACUCCAUUUUUCCUCUUGCUAUGAGUGUUGCAUAGUGAAGCAGGUUAAUAACUAGGGUUACGACCAACCAUUGCUAUGAACGUUGCAUAGUGAAGCAUGGAGUGAACAACUAGGGUGGUUGUACCACACUGCUAUGCUGCAUGAGAUCGUCGAGUCGCUUGAUCUUAUGCGUGUUGACUGGCAUAGCUUCAUUGCUUUUGAUGUGAGAUUUACAAGCAUUACCAUGACAAGACGAAAUAGUAGUGGUGGAUGAAAAAUUAGCGGAUGAAUUAGCCUCAAGAAAGGGCUCCUUCCAC